CUCAUUUAGUUACAUAGGAAAUCUUAUAAGAAACAUUGUUCCAUCUCUGUGAGUUUUAAUUUUCCCCAACUUUUCAGCACUUCAUGUUAUAGUGAAAGUAUUUCAAAAACAAGUAUCAAGGUUUAAUCAGUUGGACUUUUAAAUGAAAUCAGUUUGCAAGCCGAUUUGCCUUCGGGGAAAAUUAUGAUCAAAACCUUGCUUAAAUAAAGCAUUAAGUAUUACCAUUACAGACAGUAAAUAAACAACUUUUCUGGUGAAUUCCUCCACAUUAUCAACGUCAUUGAACUAUCUCUUGAAACCAUCGGAAAAGCCAUUUCACAACAAAAAAUGAACAGAAGCGUGUUGCCCAACUCUAGGCUCCAUUAUUUCAACCCAUUGACUGCUCCAGUUGUAUAAUCUGAACAGGUUAAGAGGGACAAGUGAAAGGACAACACUCUCUUGUAGCAAUCCAGAAAAACUUCAAUUGACCCAACAUGGGCUCAUCUUUUUCGCAUCACCCAGGGAGCCAAGAUGAUGAUGAUAGAUGCUGAUUUUGAUCAAACUUGAGUUCUUGAACAUAUUUAUUGCUUUCUCCUUUUCAUUCUCCCUCCACGUCCCAUGAAAUCUAAUUUGUUUAUCAGUUAAUUUCUCAUUUAAUCAUCAGUUAAUAAACGACCAGCAUUCAUCGACUAUUUCGCGGUCCAUGUUAAUUUGUUUACAAGUGCUUACAUUUUCUUAUUUUAAAAGUUGAUCUUACAGUUGUUAGUUGUUGUUACAUUUAAAUUGUAGAGACCUUGUUAAUUCAAAUUGUUUGUGAUCAUGUUAAUAUUGGAUUAUAUCAUUUAUCCAGCAAGUAAACUUGCUAUUAUCUGGAUAAUUUACAAAUUGCUUGAAAUUUCAAUCAGAGCUUAUCGUCUUGCAGCUCAUUAUCAAGACUUUCCAUGUGAAAAAAGUCAUUGGCUUUUUGGUGAUUUGCUUAAAAUUGCUCCAAGACUUCCAAAAACGGAUCGAGAAGAAAUCGCAAGUAACGUAAGGAAGUUUAUUUAUCGUAAUUACUUCGAAACUGAAAAAAGGAACGAUAUUCUAAUAGCGUGGAUGAGUUGGAUUCCUGUUGUUAUUUGUUCAUCACAUAAAACCUUAGAGCCAAUUAUAACUAAACCAGAAACCAGAAAACACCACAUUUAUCGGUGGUUGGGUAUGAGAGAUGGUUUGGUUUCAUCUUCUGGAUCAAAAUGGAAAGCAAGACGUAAAAUAUUCGAACCUCUGUUCGCAUCCAAACAGCUGUCACAAUUUACCACCUUCAUAAGAUCUAACACAGUUGAUAUUGUUAACUCAAUGGAAAGUAAAUGUCAUCAACCCAUCAAUUUAUCAGAUUAUAUCCACCAACUGACAAUGAACUCUAUUUUUGAGGCUGCAUUCAAAUUACCUCCGGAUUCAUAUAAACAGCAGAAAAAAGUACUAAUAGAGGGAAUUGCUGCAUUCGAGGACAGUUUAAUGGAGCGUAUUUGUAAUCCACUUUAUUGGAGCGAUUGGAUCUUCGAACAGUUUAACCUGGGCAAACAAUUAAACGAAGUCCAAAAGUAUGGAGACGUUGAAUUCAACAAAAUCAUUAAUAAAAGAUUACAGACAAAUAAUAAUACUGAUGAUCUCCAACUGGAUGGCAAUCAAACACGUCGAGACAUGAUCGACCUGAUGUUUAAGCAUAAUAACGGAAAGGGUAACAUUGACCGAAGCGGCAUGAUUGAAGAAAUGCUCACAAUGGUUGCUGCUGGACACGAAACGAUCGCCAAUUCUCUAAGUUGGCUAAUUUUUACAUUAGGAAACCAUCCUGAAAUCCAAGAUCGUAUUGCUGAGGAGAUAAAUGAAGUUAUUGGUGAUUUGGAUGAUUUCAGUGAUUUGUCAAUCUUGAAACAACUCGUUUAUAUGGAACAGUGUAUUAAAGAAUCACUUCGUUUGGUUCCUCCUCUUCCAGUCGUUUUAAGGCAUCUUGAAAGUGAUGUUCAAGUUGGUUCAAAGGUUUUACUCAAAGAUUCAGUUGUAGUGCUGUUCAUCUUAGGUGCUCAUCAUGACCCAACUGUUUAUCCUGAUCCAUUUACAUUUAAUCCCGAUAGAUUCGCUCCCGAAAAUAUUGAUUCAAUUCCCAAAUAUGCAUUUCUUCCUUUUGGUUUGGGUCCAAGGAUGUGCAUUGGUUACCGUUAUGCUAUGAUGGAAAUUAAAAUUUUCUUAUCUCAAUUUCUUCGUCGUUAUCGGGUUAAAUCUUGUAAAACCAUGGAGGAAGUCACUUAUUAUAUUGAAUUAAUCACACGACCUUCAUGUCCAUUGGAGGUGAUUAUAAGUCCUCGAGAAUUGUAAAUACUAUGUGUAUAAAUGCUUUUAAUUUAAAUAGAUUUAUAGAGUAAUGCAAUCGCUGUUCAUCUCAACACUUUUAGUUUUGAAUGACAGCGAAGAUUUAUUUUUUCAUUAUUUGUUUUAUGGUUGUUAAUGUUGUUAAUUUUUUCCUGAUAAUUUUCAACUAACAGAGAAGAUAUAAUUUGAUCGAAUUGCACUGUUCCAGGAAAUUAAUCGAAUUAUAUUGACUAGGAAAUCAAUUUAUUGUAACUUCCCGCCUGUAUAAAAUGUACAUUUAAAUAUUAAAUCAAUUUAACACAAAAA